GGUAACGUUCGUAUUCAGCCUCCAUUUUGUUAGCCACUUUCCUUUUUUCCCAAAAUAUGUUACCUUCCCGCCAGAAUAGUACAUUCACUAAUCAUAUCAAUGACAUAAAUGGAUUCAAAUAAUCAAAAGGGUUGGUUAUAACGUAGCGGCUGUGCUACAACGGCAUUAAAUGAGUACGUUGGUGGACUGUAGUUUAUGGUCUGCCUGGCCGGUUCGAUGCAAAGGUUUGGAAACACGCGCCAUUUUGUGAAAUUUACACAAAAAAGCCUUAAAGAGAACAGGGUCUUCAGGUUUGUAGUCGUCAUUUUUAAUCAUGAUUUGGAAGCAAUGCUGCUCUCGUUACAAUUAAUGUGUCGAUCAGCUAACAGUAUACAUGCCUAGCUGCAUCGAAAUGUUGGUUUCCCUAUGGAAUACAUUUCUGCCGUUGACCGCGUUGGAUAGUUGACUGAGGCGCUGUUGAUUUGGAAAAAGAAUUGACAUCUAUUCAGAGGAGUGAGGGUUGUACGUUGGGAAAUCUGGGGGGCUCCAUGGAGAAGAGACUGUAUUCAAUACAUCGCCGUAAGGCAUUGGGGAUUGUAAAUGAGGAUAUUUUUCUGGAAUAGGAAGACUGACAGGCAGCGACAAAGGAUCAAGCCACAGAGCCGACAAGAACAGACUCAGAAGCAUCUCCUCCACAAAAUAAUUUGGCCAUGAAGAAGCUUUUCGGGGAGACCUUUGCGAGCAAGGACACAGGCAAGACGUUUACCAACACCAUCAAAGAGGAGGAGGCAUCCUACAAGGCAGCAUUCCAGUGGAUGGUGAUCCACUGGCAUGGUGGAAAAGCAAUGAGUGCAAAUACCCUCACAUUGCCAUGAUGGCAAGACGCUACCUGGCACUUCAGUUCCUAGCGAGAGGGUGUUCUCCACGGCAGGGGACAUAGUGACUGCAAAGAGGUCUACCCUCUCCCCAGACAAUGUAGACAUCCUCAUCUUUUUGAAAAAUAAUUUGAAGAUAUAAGCGCAGGAGAAGAGACUUCAGCAUGCAAACCUUCAUCUGUCCAGCUUGCUCCCGUGUUUUCGUUCCACGCUUCUGGGCUUCUGAUGGCUGCUCCCAUUCCCCAUUCGCACCAGCAGUACAGUGAGCAGCGCCAACAGACUACUGACCCGUCUGUGCCGGCUCUGCCCCACAGCGAGCAGGCGCAGCAGUCUAUUGCCAGCCAGGUGACCCCUGAUGUUGUCAUGUUACAGAGGCGCAUGCCCCAGUGCUUUCGUGACCCGUCCUCGUCACCCCUGAGGAAGCUCUCUAUUGACCUGAUCAAAACCUACAAAUGCAUCAACGAGGUAUACUAUGCAAAAAAGAAGCGGAGACACCAACAGGGCCAGGGCGACGACUCCAGUCACAAGAAAGAGAGGAAGGUCUUCAACGACGGCUAUGAUGAUGACAACUACGACUACAUCGUCAAAAACGGGGAGAAAUGGAUGGACCGCUACGAGAUCGACUCCUUGAUAGGCAAAGGCUCGUUUGGACAAGUUGUAAAGGCAUAUGACCGUGCAGAGCAGGAGUGGGUGGCAAUUAAGAUCAUCAAGAACAAGAAGGCUUUUCUUAAUCAAGCCCAGAUUGAAGUGCGGCUCCUCGAGCUCAUGAACAAACAUGACACGGAGAUGAAGUACUACAUAGUUCACCUUAAGCGCCACUUCAUGUUCCGGAGCCACCUGUGCUUGGUGUUUGAGAUGCUCUCCUACAACCUAUACGACCUGCUGCGGAACACAAACUUCCGUGGUGUCUCACUCAACCUCACACGCAAGUUUGCCCAGCAAAUGUGCACAGCACUGUUGUUCCUGGCCACGCCUGAGCUCAGCAUCAUCCACUGUGACCUGAAGCCCGAGAACAUCCUGCUGUGCAACCCCAAGAGGAGCGCCAUCAAGAUCGUGGACUUUGGCAGCUCCUGCCAGCUGGGACAGAGGAUCUACCAGUACAUCCAGAGUCGCUUCUACCGCUCCCCAGAGGUACUGCUGGGCAUGCCGUACGACCUGGCCAUCGACAUGUGGUCCCUGGGCUGCAUUCUGGUGGAGAUGCACACCGGAGAGCCCCUCUUCAGUGGGGCCAAUGAGAUUGAUCAAAUUAACAAAAUAGUGGAAGUUCUGGGUGUCCCUCCCAAUUACAUAUUGGACCAGGCGCCCAAGACCAGGAAGUUCUUUGAGAAGAUAUCGGACAGCACGUGGGGUGCAAAGAAGACCAAAGAUGGCAAAAGAUAUAAGCCGCCGGGCAUGCGGAAGCUGCACAGCAUCCUGGGUGUGGAGGCGGGGGGUCCUGGGGGGCGGCGGGCGGGCGAGUCUGGCCACGCUGUCGCUGACUACUUGAAGUUCAAGGAUCUGAUCCUUCGGAUGCUGGACUACGACCCCAAGAGCCGCAUCCAGCCCUACUACGCCCUGCAACACAGCUUCUUCAAGAAGACUGCGGAUGAGGGGACCAACACGAGCAGCAGCGUGUCCACCAGCCCCGCGCUGGAGCAGUCCCAGUCCUCGGGAACCACCUCCAGCACCUCCUCCAGCUCAGGAGGGUCGUCUGGCACGAGCACCAGUGGGCGGGCGCGCUCGGACCCAACACAUCAGCACCGGCACAGCGGAGGUCACUUCAGUGCUGCUGUGCAGGCCAUGGACUGCGGAAAUCUCUGCCCACAGGCGAAGCAGCCGUUCCCUCCCCCAGUUGGCUGGGCUGGUGGCAAAGGGGCGCAGACAGUGACAGUGGAGACCCACCCCGUCCAGGAAACCACCUUUCACGUGCCUCCCCAGGCGCCCAAGGCCAUCCACCCCUUGGCCCCCGGCAACAGCUCCUCUGCCCACCAGCACCAUCACCACGGACACCAUCACCCCCACCACCCCCAUGGACAGCAGGGCCUGCCUGCGCGGCCCAGGCCCCGCCUCUACCACUCCCCUAUCAACAGUGCCUCCACAGAGAACUCGGUGGAGGUGGUGCACGGCCACCUGUCUAUGACCUCCCUGUCUUCCUCCUCCUCCUCCACAUCUUCCUCCUCCACCGGGGCCCAGGGGAACAAGGCUUACCAGCUGCGCCCGCUCCCCGCCAACGCAGCCUUGGACUUUGGCCAGAACGGCAGAAUGGGACUGGGUGCCUUCUCCAACCCCAGGCAAGAGACUGGGAUGGCGGGCCACCCCACCUACCCCAUGGGCAUGAGACAAGGCAUAGACCGGGAGGAGUCGCCCAUGGCAGGAGUCUGUGUACAGCAGAGUUCUGUCGCCAGUUCGUGACUAAACUGAGAAUGUUUUGUUUUUUUUGAAGGUGGUGGGUUUUUAUUUCAACAAAAAAAGUGCAUAAAGAAUCAAAAAGCUGCUUUAAACUAUAGGGGGAGAUUAUCACUUACCCUCUACCACAGUGCAAAGCCCACCAUCUCUCCAACUCCUCCCCAUGCCACCCUUGGGUUUCUCUCUUCACUUUGGUUUCAAAUGGGAUUUUUUUCGCUCUACCAUUUUCAGUGUUCACAGGGAAUUAGAUUUUUCCUGCAAACGAUCUUGCAUAACAUACUUCACAACAGUACUGAAACAUCCAUUCAUUUCACAUACAACUCUCACUCGACUCUGCAUGGUUUGCAUUAUUCCUUGUUAUUGUCAGCUGAGCGCUUAGAAGUCUGUGGGUAGAAAAUGACGUAGACAUGAUUUGUUAACGGCUAUUUAGUAAAGAAAUUGUUACAGCACCAUAACAUUUCCAGCAACUCCUAUCCACACAUUUGCACUUUUUUCCAUAUUCGGCAAGAAUAAUUUUCUCUUUGGAUUUAUGUUCUCAUUUGAAUUUUUCUGUUCUGUUGUGCAAUUCUACCUGUGAGCUGUGAGACCUGAAGUGUAUACUACAAAGCAGGACAAAUGAGCUUUUAUAAACAACCAGGUUGUUGUCAUUAGACCAUUUCCAUUUCAAGCUUAUAUAUUUAUUUUAAUAAGUUAUUUACAAAUAUUUAGGCAAUUUGGCUGGCUAACUAAUUGAUCCUGCUUUGUAGUAUACCUGUCUAUAGAGUGGCAGAGGAUUGAAGCAUUAUGCAGGGAGUUUCCAUCUCGCUGGGUUUGUCUGUGUCACGCUUUCUUUGAGAGGAAUGUGGAUGCGCUGCGCUGGGGGCCAGCCAUGUACAGCUGUGCAGCAAAGUGCCAUGCUGGGAGGCCCCAGGCCAGUAAAGGUGGGCCCUCCCCUGGACUGGAAAAAGGCCACACUGAAGAGAUGUACUUAGGAGCAGUGGCCAGGGCCGAUCCACCCCAAACCUACAGUACAGAUGUCCGGGCAGUGUCCGUUUUUUUUUAGAUAACUCUUUGGCCUUAUGUUUUUUUGGACUCUGAAAUUAAGGGUGGGGGGGUGGGGAAAGAAGCUGGACAUUAUCGUUUAAAUGAGAAAAAAGCUUUCCUCUAUUUUUGCAGUUUGGAUUAAAAAAAAAAACAUAAUUCUUAACAAAGAAAAAGUAGGAAAAAAUGGGUUUUGAGAAUGGUAAUUUGAGGCCUUUAACUAAAACGUGUGACUUGCGAGGUCCAGUGAUUGCCGGGCCUUGUAAGUUCACAGAAAUAUUUUUGUUGCAAGAUGGAUGGAAUUAGCUAUGACUGUGUCCCUUCCAUCUUUUUACUUGCUUUUCUUUGUUUCUUCAGCAUGUGGUUCCUCCAACAGAGCUUCUGCAAAAAUGUCUUCUGUUCAUCUUCAAAAUGAAAACAUGCUGAAUUUUAUGUGACUGCUUUUUUGCCUCACAAUUAUGCUGUGAAUUUUACAAGAAUUUAUUUUCCCUUUUGAUAAUUUAUUGUACCAAAGCUGUUUUUAUAGCACAUAGAUGUCUGUAACCAAUAAUGUAGCAGUUCUGCACUUUGACACAAGGUGUAUCAAGACCUUUUUUAAAUGUCAGUAAAAAUGGCUGUAUCUAUUGCUUUAGCAAAACUGGAACUGUUGUUGAACUCAGUACAUUUACUGUUAGCUGUAUCUUCAACAGAAUUGGUUGUAAGGUUUUUUUCUCUCUAAAAAGACAAAAAAAUACAAUCAAAAACAAAUAUCUCAUUGGUAGAACUUUUUUCUGUUCUCAAGGACUUGAGGGACAAUAAAUGCCAACGCUGGUUGCUACUCUGCGGGUUCCGGAGUAUCAGUAUGGUGGCUGUUAGUUGAGGCAAGUCCUCGUAUUCAUGAGUUGAAAGUGAGAGAGGGAAGAUGUGAACAGUGCAUUAAUCCUUCAAUUUGUGACCAUGUAUUCAGAGGCUGUUUCAAACGUGCCUGUCUGGAUAAAGCUGCCUUAACUACUUUCGGCAGUCUUCAUGGCAGUGGCUAAAAUGGUUUUCCCCCCUCAAUUUAGAAGCAACCUUUUUUGACCUAGCUAGCAGAGAGGCACUGUACACAUCCACAUUUUUAGGUAAAAUCAAUUUUUGACUGAAGCUCACACCAUGGGUGUUGAAUCCAAAAGGAAACUAGUAGGGACUAAUGGUGUGAGAAGUGAGCCCUGCCUGCUGGAGUGUCAUACUCCAGUCUCAUCAUGUGAUGCCUGAGGAUACAGGAGUACUGGCCUAAGUUUUGUACGCGUUGCAAAAAUGUAAGGGGGCGGCAACAGCUAGAGGAAAGGUGUCCAUGACAUCACAGGCUUCAGGUGUUUACUUUUCAACCCCAUUUUAAUAGCUGAAAUAGAAUUUAUUAUGUAUAUAUUUGUAUUUUUUUAAUAAAGGAAGUUUAGAACUCACUACUUUUUUCCUAAUGGUAUUUUGAGUACAUUUAAGUCAAUGUGGAGACCAUGCAGUGGAAGUUCUGUGAUAUUAGUCAGUGGGUAACCGUGCUUCCAGGCCAAAGUAGUUGACAAUGCCAGUACAAAUGCAAAACUUUUAGGGUUUAAAUUAACAGGAGAGUAGAUAUUCAUACCUUAAAUGUUAUAGACAGGGUAUAGUGUGUGGAUGUGUCUACAAACCUGAAUGACAGCUGUGUUUUAAUAUAUAAAUACAUAAGCAAUUAUGUACAUAUAUUACAGGAUCUAUUUUUAGGUGCAUUAAAAUUGGCAUAAGCUUCCACCGUGGGGCCAUUUGCAGUCGGGCUACUGAUGUGUGUGUGUGUGUGUGUGUGUGUGUGUGUGUGUGUGUGUGUGUGUGUGUGUGUGUGUGUGUGUGUGUGUGUGUGUGUGUGAGUGAAAGCCAUGAUCGUCAACAAACAUCCAACUUUUACUCCCAAGUGUUCAAUAUCAUUUCUGCUCUGCUCCCUGUUUCAUUGGAAUACAGGCUUUUUAUUGCCACCCUUGCCUUCCUGUCCCCCAGUCGUCUGGUUUUGAGUGAUUGGUUACAGGACAUCUGACGUGCAUUGUAAAGAUUAAACGGCAUGGGAAAAGAUAUACCUGUGUCCACAGAUUGUAAGAUCUAGUCAAUACUUGCUCUGUAUAUGAGAAUGUUGCAAACAUUGAAAAAAAUGGACAAGCCCUUUGUAUUAUAUUCAAGCGGUCUUAUGUAUGAUAAAAAAAAAUUAUCAACUUGUA